AUGAACAGGGGGGAGGAAAAAGAAAGAGCACUGAACAAGAUACAAGACAUGGAUCCCUUUCCCUGCGUGUGCGCCCGUGUACGGACACCUACUUCUAGGAGCCCCGGGUCGGAGCAGCCACUUUUAGGAGCGCACCUCCCAUUGGAUCCGAGCCGUCACCAAGAGUUCAGCCCGGCCCCGUUUCCAUGGCAACUAAUGGGCAUGACACACAUGAAGAGCGUCCUCAACAUGCUGUCGGGGCAGCGGCCGCUGGCGUGGGAGCUCACAGAGGCACAGAAACGAACUUCAUUUGGAACAUGCCAAGACAAGAGAAUUUUCCCCUUUUCUUAUGCACCAGACCGGUUAGGGAAUGAGCAUGUACCAGUUAGAGGUGAACCUCAUCGUGGACCUGGAGCUUAUAACCAUGGAGAAAGGACUACACUUCUGUAUCUCCUGGCUCACAGACCAGAGAGUACUAAAGGGUACACUAUGGGAGCAAGAACAACCCCACGUUUUGGAAUACCCAGCAAGCAUGUGUCUCCUUGCCCGACAACAUACCAAACAAUACGGAUCAAAGACCACAAGUACAAGCCUGGUACUGUGCCAUUUUGCAGUAACUCAGAACGAUUUUCAGAGCAGCUUCUGGACAAAGACUUUUUCCCUGGACCUGGAACUUAUGACCCAAACAAGAUGCCACACAGACAUGUCACCUGGCCAGGGAAAUUUGGAUCCCCAGAUUGGUCUUUAGUACCAACACCAGUGAAAAGAACUUUCAGAACUGAGUUGCUUUCAGACAAGGAAUUCAGGAAGCAUCGGAACCUUGUGGCCUACCUGAGCUUGUACUAUGAUGACUAA